AUGGCCAUGUUGGAGGCACGGCCCUACAGGCCCUUCAAGUCCAGCGAGGAGUAUCUGGAGGCCAUGAAGGAGGAUCUGGCCGAGUGGCUGAGCACACUCUAUCCCGAGCUGAGCAUCAACGCCGAGAACUUUAUGGAUCGACUCGACACCGGCGUGGCACUCUGCAAGCACGCGAACUAUGUGCGCCAGGCGGCAGAGGACUAUCUGGCACGGCGGCAGGCGCGCAACAAAUCGAUGACACGCUCGAUGACAUCCGGCCUGGCCGGACCGAUUCUGGCCCUGGGCAACAUCCACUACCUGCCGGCGGCCAAGAGCGGCACCUUCUUUGCCCGCGACAAUGUCUCCAACUUCAUAACUUGGUGCAGAAAGAGCCUCAAGAUCAUCGAGUGCCUGCUGUUCGAAACGGACGAUCUGAUUAUGCGCAAGAACGAGAAGCACGUGAUCCUCUGCCUGCUGGAGGUGGCCCGAAGAGGCGCCAAGUUUGGAAUGCUGGCCCCCAUGCUGGUGCAGAUGGAGCGACAAAUCGAUCGGGAAAUCGCUGCCGACAUCAAGGCAAAUGGCGCCGCCAACUCAUCGGAGAGCGGCACGCAGACGGAGGCAAUCGCCUGCAGCUCGACAUUGAGCAGCACGGCCACGUCCACGACAAUAACGACCACAACUGUGGGCUCCGAGACGGACCUGUACGACGACAGCGACGACUCGGAGAACGAGGACGAUGCCGAUGAGCAUCCCAUGCUGAUGUACGGUCCCCAGCCCCAGAUAAUCACCAAUGAUCUAAAGAGCCUCGAUGAGAUGGUGCGAGAUCUGGUGGAGAAGUGCACAUGCCCAUCUCAGUUUCCCAUGGUACGCGUGUCCGAGGGCAAGUACCGCAUUGGCGACACCAAAGUUCUCAUCUUUGUGCGGAUACUUCGCUCCCAUGUGAUGGUGCGCGUGGGUGGCGGCUGGGACACACUGGCCCACUAUCUGGACAAGCACGAUCCCUGCCGCUGCCGGGCGCAGCAUCGCAGCUCGGUGGCCGCUCGUCUCAUACCGCGACAGUCGCCCAAUCACAAUCCCAGCAACGGCAUCGAGCUGCACAAGGCUCAGGUGAUAUUCGAGCGCUCACCGCCUGCUGCGCGACGCGUCUUCACCAGUUCGAACUGCAACGGAGGAGGAGGAGGAGCUGCAGGAGGAGCAACAGCAACAGCAGCCACAGCAGCAGCAGCAGCAGGAGGAGCAGCGUCUGUGGCUGUGGCCCAACAGAAUGGCAACAGCUUGUCCCCCAAUUCGGGCAAGUACCGGAGUCGCAGCCCGACGCCGCAGCGUAAAUUUCUCAAUGGCAUCCAGAGCAAUGGAGUCGUGGCAGCCACUGGGGCCGCCGCUUCGGAGCAGCAGCAGCAGCUGCUGGGCUCCCCUGGGCUGGCCCGGCGCUCCAUGUCGCCCAGUCCCCGGCGGCUGAUUGACAUGCGGAGGAAGCAGAGCUCCCUGGACUCCUACAGCAACGGGCCCAAGUCGCUGCCUGGCGGCUACAGCUGCUCGCUGGAGGAGGCAGGCGUGGGAGUGGGAGUGGGAGUGGGGGCUGUGACUGCCACCUCCGCGCCGGGCGGAGGAGUGUCCGCACCGGAGCAGAGCAGCUCGAGCAAGUUCGAGAACAUCAGCGACAACGGGAGCGAGAUCAGCGACGAGGGCUACCGCAGCCUGGGCGUGAUCCAGUCGAGUGCCCAGAAGCGCGAGUCCCUGCACAGUCAGGCCUCGAUGGAUGACGCUGAAACCAAUGCGCGUCUCGAUCAGACGUCCAGCGACUCGCAAAUCUCGCCCUCGGAUGAGCCGCCGGAGAAGGCAGCUGCGGAUAUACUCGAGGAGGAGGACGACCUCAAUGGCCAGGAGCUAGACGUGGAUGUGGAUGCGGAUGUGGACGUGGACUACUCCGUGUGCGAUGGCCCGCAGUCGCUGCCGGCGAUCCUCAGUCUGCCAAAGUGUCUGCCGGACAAGUUCGAGGCUUCGGGCGUGUUCAUCACCGAUGACGAGAUUACCGUGGACAUGGCCAAGAGUCCGCCAAGGUCCUCCGCCAAGCUGGAGGCGCAGCCAUCUGCGGCGCUGCUCAGCAAGAUUCCCCGCUCGCCCUUGGCCCAGCGUCGGCGCAGCAUCGACAACAGCACCUGCGGCGGGGCCGGCGGCAGCCUCCAGGAUCUGAGCAGCCGCUCGUCCGUCGGCGGCGGUGGUGGCGGUGGCGGUGUCGCUGGCGUCGGCAACUGCCCGCCCGUUGGUGGCUUCAAUCGCAAACAGCCCGUCUACCGCUCCAUGCGCACCCGCGCCACGCCCACUGGCACGGCCACGGGCACGGGCACAGCCACGCCAACGCCAACGCCUCCGCCACGUGCCUCGCGGCAGGCGUCGCAGCUGCCGAUGGUGCGGGACGUGACCAACACCUGGAGCGGACGCACAGCUGGAGCGGACCUCAGCAGCCACAAGCGUCGGCCGCAGUGCACGCCCGACACCUUUGUGGCGCCCACUCCCUUCGAGCGGAGCGGCAAGGGGCGCUCCUCGCAGAUCCUCUACGACAGCAACGGGCGGAGAGUGCGCGGCGGCGGCUGCACCAGCUCCCUGACCACGUCCCCGGUGAAGAACCACGCCUCAUCCCCGCUGGCCCAGCAGCUGCUGGAGGCGGCCAGCAGUGCCAAGAACGACGCCCAGAUUCUCGAGAAGAUGAAGACACUCCUCUCCCGCUACGCGGCCGUCAACCAGGCAAAUUCUGGACAGAAUUCUGCAGCGGGAGUGGGUGGAGCCACUUGCAAGGCCGGCUCCAAUGGCAAGAAGACGCCCGUGUACGAGGACUUCACCACAGCGUGGGUCCACAGCAAUGGCAACCUGGAACGCUCCGAGAGCUGUUCGCCCCCGGCCAAGGCGCGUUCCAAGCGCAGCUCUGCGGCCAGCUCCUGCGAGAGCAAUCACUCCACCACAGUGGCAGGAGCGGCAGCGGGAACGAGAGCAGGCACGGGAGCGGCAGCGGGAGCGGCAGCGGGAGCGGGAGCCGGAGCAACCAACGUUAUCUCGCCCAGACGGGAGAGGGGCAUGUCCAAGAUUCCGGCACCGGUGCGGCAUCAUACAGAGCUUUACUAGCAGCGCCUGUGGACGCCAAGCGUCCGUGUCAGCGCUCGCGUUCGCGUCCGUGUCCGUGUCCGUGCCCGUUCAACCGCCGCCAGCGCCAAGGUCCGACUGCCUCCGAGCGUUUUCUAAAAACCUCCCAAAGGAAAAAGGAAAAAGGAAAAGGAAAGGAAAAAGGAAAGAAAGGAUUGGGAUUGGGAUUGGGAUUGGGUUUUGGGGUUAGUCCAUAAGUUAGAUUAAAGCCAAGCUGGAAUUGUCGCCGCUGCUGCUGCUGUGUGUUUGUAUGUGUGCAGUGGAGAGGAAUGGAGGAAUGGAAGUGGAAGUGGAAGUGGAAGUGGGACCCGAAAUACCGCUAACCCAAAGGGAAAUCGAUUUGCAGGCCAUAGAAUAACGUUCAAGCAGGAAUCAGGAUAGGAAACAGAAACAGGAGGAGCUAGCUCAUUGACAAUGCCGACACCCGACAAACUCAGCACAGCCCAAGGUGGUGAAUAUACUAGAAAAGGUGAUUUUAUGCGCUGUGGUGAGGUGUAAAGUGUAAAUUCACCUGGCCACAGCCUUGCCUAUAAACACAAUCUCUCUCUCUCUCUCCUCUAUACUCAAUCGUGCGAUAUAAUCCUCAAACCUCUAAGCGGGGAAGACACCUAUAAGUCUCCUGCCCUCUCCUGUAUCUUACGCUCUUUUUGUAACCCUCACUUUAUCGGUCUGUGCUGAAGAUCGGGCGAUGAUCGGAUUUGAAAAACACUGCAAAAGACUCGAGAUAAAAGUUUUAACUGCAUUUUUUGGUCUAGGAAUAGCAGAAAAGUUUUAAUCCCCAAAUAUACAAGGCAACAACAAACUUAUAUCGAAUACGGCAGCACACAAAAACCCAUACAUGUGUGCAAACAUAUACAUAUGUAUACGUAUACCUAUAUGCGAUUACAUAUACGAAUAGUUUUCUAGAAAUUUUUAAUGGGAGAUUUCAGGCAAAUUCAAUCUUCUAAUUCGACUCGUAGGAAAGAGAACAAAACACAUUUAUUUUUGUACGCUAGCAGAGGGGGAACGGUCCCCGUCGAUCCUCGGAUCGAUAGAUCCAUUGUGUGAGUAGCCGAAAGCUUUUACAAAUCGAGAAAAGAAACUCAACUUUUACAGCAUAGAAAUAUCUAUUAUAUACAUAUGUACAUCCAAUAUGGAGACACAAUCAUAUUCCACAGUUAUGCCUGCGUACAGUGCGUUUCAAGGCUGUAAGUUAUGUAUGUGCAGGACUGGACAGCAAUUCUUAGUUCAAAUCUGCACAGUCCUGCACAUAUUUUCCUACCUAGUUGAAGCGCUCUUUACCUGCACACACACUCACACACACGCACGCACUCACAUAGAUACAAACCAAAACUGAAGGAUGAAACUGUCACAAAAUGCAUGCGGACACCGAAGAGAGGAACGGACAGAGUAACGGACAGGGUAACGGACACCCUGCGGAAUUAAAUAUAUCACGAAAAUACGUUGCAGAGGAGACAUGCAAAAACAUUAAUUACUUGAUUUAUAUUCUUUUUUUUUUUUUUUUUUUGUAUUUGUUUUAGUUAUAGCAAAGUUAACAUUUAGUUUAGUACAUCGUACCUAUGACAUUAACACUAUAUAGAUUGUAUUUGUAAUUGUAAUUGUGUUUUUUCUUCCUACACACACACACACACAUACUACACACACACACACUGACAUGUUGUAUAGUUCUUAUGUACUUGAAUAAUUAUCGCAAUUAUUGAUUUCCUUUCUUGAUUUGAGUUGGAGACAGACACCAAAAUAAUGCAGUUGGUUGUACCCAUAGGAAUAUAGAUUCUAGAUGCAAGAAUCUAGUGGCACGCCGCUACCAAACUAAUGAGUAAUUGUUUAACAAAGAGCAGACAUGGAAGCAAUUUAAUUGUUUCAACAAAAAACACACACAAACACACACCCACACACACACGAUACAUAACAAAUAGCUACAAUUUGGCAGAUUGAUACCCCCGGGGAUGUAACAAUUAAAUAUAGAAAAUGCGAUAGCGAUAUGUGGGAGGAGAUGAGAGCCUAGAACCUCCCUUCCUGCACCUCGGGGAGCAUUAUUCGAUUGCGUAUUGGUUUAAUGUUUAAUGAUUAACGAUUAAUGUUAUAGAUAUACGUAUAUCCGUGGAACAUAUAAAAUGUAUUUUAAAUGCAGCCUAAAUGUGUAAUUAUCAAGUUAAUUUCGAAAGCAAAAACUAACUAUUGCGAAUGGAGAAUAGAUUAGACCACAACCGAGAGUGUGUUGCCAUCGGCAGCAAUCUAUUGAUUUUAAUCACAUGAAUUUAAUUAAUAAACGCCUAUACACAAUUAUACAUA